AUGAUUCUUGAAAUCAGCGUGUUUGAAAGUGCCUAUACCCCAACUUUCAGAUUAAUCCAGAAUGUUAGCAGGGAGUUCUCCGAGUACUCCUCGUGGACAAACUUGUCCACGAGGAGUACACGGCUAGCUCUCAGACAACCUUCUGGAAUUCUCUAUAAAUUAGGAUAUCGAAAAAUCCAGAGGAAUAACGGAGAGUUCGCCGUGUACUCCUCGUGGACAAAAAAUGUUCGGCUUGUCCACGAGGAGUACACGGAGAACUCCUUGCUAACAGUUUGGAUUUAUCUGAAAGUUAAGCUCAACCAAAUCCUCUGUGCUCUUCUCCUCAUCCUAUGCAUCCAAUAUUUGAAUGGUGCUGAAAUGACAAUGAAAAUCACAAUGAGUGGUCGAAACGACGACUGCGCCAAGUACACGGCUCACGGAAGCGAUUAUCUGCAAAUCACACACGCUCGCAUCUUUCAGAGCGGUGAAGAGACGAAUAGGACAGUACGCGAUGGGGAGAUUCAAAUCGUUGGAAACAUUUUAUGCGAGGAAAAAGACAAGAAGCAACGCCGAAAACCGAAUGAAUACGUGUUCACAUGCCACGGCACCCCGGCGGCCAAGUUCACCGGCAUCCGAAUCAUGUUCUCCGUGACUACACCCAAACAAAUGCUGUCCGGACCAAUUGACUAUCGUUAUCAGGAUGGUUUGAUGCAUCUGGUAGAAAAUGGGUAUCUGGAUCUGGAGAGUUUGAAGGGACAGGCGUUUGUACACGAUCGACACAUUCAAAUCAAGGGAGUCAAUAUCACGGGAUUGUAUGAUAAGCCGACAUAUUUAACAACUGGAAAUUGUCACGAUGAAUUCCCUUCAAAACUAAUUGCGGAUCACGGACUCUACAUGAUGCAUCGUAAAGAUAAUAAUACUAACACCGGCUCCUUCACUCGUAUGUACUUCGAGCCGGAUGGUGUUGGAGAAUACAUUCCGGCGGAAUGA